AUGUCAAAUCAAAAAAAAAUAGAAAAGGAUUUAACAUCGUAUAUUUAUUCUUUAGUUGGGGGUACAGCAGCAGGUAUUUCAAAAACAAUAGUUGCUCCAAUUGAACGUGUAAAAUUACUUUUACAACUUCAAGCAGUGUUAACACAAAUCCCAGAAAAUAAGAAAUACAAGGGAUUUGUUGAUUGUUUCGUUAGAAUUCCAAAAGAACAAGGCGUUUUGGGAUAUUGGAGGGGUAAUAUGGCAAAUGUCAUAAGAUACUUUCCAACACAAGCAUUAAACUUUGCCCUAAAAGAAAAGUUUAAAAAAUUCUUUGUUCGUUCUUCACCAAAAGAAUCCCCAAUGAAAUUUUUUAUUGGUAAUUUACUUUCAGGUGGUUUUGCAGGUGUAGCUUCUUUAGUAUUCGUCUAUCCAUUAGAUUUUGCAAGAACUAGAUUAGGAGCUGACACCGGUAUAGGAAAAGGACGUCAGUUCACUGGUUUAGCAAAUUGUCUUUCAUCAAUUUAUAAACAAGAUGGUUUCCUCGGAUUAUAUCGUGGUUUUGGUGUGUCGGUAGGUGGUAUCUUUAUUUAUCGUGCUGCUUUCUUUGGAGGAUAUGAUACUGCUAAAGCAAUGCUUUUAAGUGAUCCUAAAAAAUCAUCUUUUUGGGCAUCAUGGGGAAUUGCUCAAUUGGUUUCAACUGUAUCAGAACUUGCUUGCUAUCCAUUCGAUACAGUAAGACGUAGAUUAAUGCAAUCUGGAGGUCCUAAUGGGAUGUACAGCUCUUCAUUGGAUUGUUGGAAGAAAAUUGCCCAGAAUGAAGGUUUAACUGCUUUCUUUAAGGGUGGUCUUGCUAAUAUUGCACGUAGUUCUGGUGGAGCUUUGGUAUUAGUUCUUUAUGAUGAAAUUCAAAAGUUCAUGGGUUUUGAGGGAGGUGUUGGAAGUGAAUAA